UCCAACGGAGUUUCCAUGGAGACCGAGGCUGGGCCCCGGCGGCCUGGCGGCGUUGCCAUGGAGACAAGUCCCGGACUGGGGCUCGGGAGCCCGGGUGCACCGCGGUCUCAGAACCCCGCGGAGCCGCUGUGCGAGGCCGGAGCCGCGGUGGGGGCGGCACGCUGGGACCUGCGGAGAUACUCUUUGCUCAUCGUGAUCGGGGAUAUCGGUACAGAGAAUCAGCUGAGGGCCGUGCGGGCCCACCUUGAACAAGGGAUUCUCUCCUGGAACAUUGACUUAUCAUCUUUUGACCUGAACCAACAAUUGAGACUCUUCAUUACCCGGCAUCUAGCUCACUUCUCUUCAGAGGUCAAAGGCCAAAGGACCCUCUCCCAUCAGAGUGAUAUCCUAGAGACUGUCAUCUUGGUAAACCCUAGUGCCGACAGCAUCAACUCUGAGGUGCACCAUCUCCUUAGCAGCCCAUCAGCUCACAAACUACUGAUCUUGAGUGGGCAAAGUUUAGAACCUGGAGGAGACCUCAUUUUACAGAGUGGCACCUAUUCCUACCAAAACUUUGCCCAGGUCCUUCAGAACCCUGAGAUUGCCCAAUUGCUCAGCAACAGAGACCCUGAGAGCCAGGCCUUCCUCACCGUGUCCUGCUUAGGGGAGGGUGAUUGGAGCCACCUGGGACUAUCUAGUUCCCAAGAGACCCUGCGCCUGCGGCUGAACCCUGAGCCCACAUUGCCCACCAUGGAUGGCGUGGCUGAGUUCUCCGAGUAUGUCUCUGAGACUGUGGAUGUGCCAUCCCCCUUUGAUCUGCUAGAGCCCCCCACCUCAGGGGGCUUCCUCAAGCUCUCCAAGCCUUGCUGCUACAUCUUCCCUGGCGGCCGUGGGGACUCUGCCCUCUUUGCUGUCAAUGGUUUCAAUAUCCUGGUGGAUGGUGGCUCUGAUCGCAAGUCCUGCUUCUGGAAGCUGGUACGGCACCUGGACCGCAUUGACUCAGUGCUGCUAACACACAUCGGGGCCGACAACCUGCCGGGCAUCAAUGGACUCCUGCAGCGCAAAGUGGCUGAGUUAGAGGAGGAACAGUCUCAGGGCUCUAGCAGCUACAGUGACUGGGUGAAGAACCUCAUCUCCCCUGAGCUUGGAGUUGUCUUCUUCAAUGUGCCCGAUAAGCUGCGGCUGCCUGAUGCCUCCCGGAAGGCCAAGCGUAGCAUUGAGGAGGCCUGCCUCACUCUGCAGCACCUAAACCGUUUGGGUAUCCAGGCCGAGCCUCUGUACCGUGUGGUCAGCAACACCAUCGAGCCACUGACCCUCUUCCACAAGAUGGGUGUGGGUCGCCUAGACAUGUAUGUCCUCAACCCUGUCAAGGACAGCAAGGAGAUGCAGUUCCUCAUGCAGAAGUGGGCAGGGAACAGUAAAGCUAAGACAGGCAUUGUGCUGGCUAAUGGGAAGGAGGCAGAGAUCUCAGUGCCCUAUCUGACCUCUAUCACUGCUCUGGUGGUCUGGCUGCCAGCCAACCCCACUGAAAAGAUUGUGCGUGUGCUUUUUCCAGGAAAUGCUCCCCAGAACAAGAUCUUGGAGGGCCUGGAAAAACUUCGGCAUCUGGACUUCCUGCGCUAUCCUGUGGCCACACAGAAGGACCUGGCUGCUGGGGCUGUUCCUGCCAACCUCAAACCCAGCAAAAUCAAACAGCGGACUGACAGCAAAGAGAGCCUCAAGGCCACUACCAAGACAGCCGUGAGCAAGCUGGCCAAACGGGAAGAGGUGGCUGAAGAGGGAGCCAAGGAAGCCCGCUCAGAGUUGGCCAAAGAGUUAGCCAAAACAGAGAAGAAGGUAAAAGAGUCAUCUGAGAAGCCCCCAGAGAAACCUGCCAAACCUGAGAGGGUGAGGACAGAGUCGAGUGAGGCAUUGAAGGCAGAGAAGCGAAAGUUAAUCAAAGACAACAAGGUGGGGAAAAAGCACCUGAAAGAAAAGAUAUCAAAGCUGGAAGAGAAAAAAGACAAAGAGAAAAAAGAAAUAAAGAAAGAGAGGAAGGAGCUUAAAAAGGAUGAAGGAAGGAAGGAGGAGAAGAAAGAUGCCAGGAAAGAGGAGAAGAGGAAAGAUACCAAACCUGAGGUCAAAAAGAUUUCCAAGCCAGACCUGAAGCCCUUUACUCCUGAGGUACGUAAGACCCUCUACAAAGCUAAGGCACCUGGAAGAGUCAAGAUAGACAAGAGUAGGGCUGUUCGAGCGGAGAAGGAGCUGACCUCUGAGCCCCGGACACCCCCAGCCCAGAAGGGGACUGUGCCUCUCCCAACUGUCAGUGGGCAGAGAGAGCUGGCCCUUUCCUCACCCGAGGAUCUCACACAGGACUUUGAGGAGAUGAAGCGUGAGGAGAGGGGGCUGCUGGCUGAACAAAGGGAUGUAGGACUAGGAGAGAAACCAAUCCCUCCAGAUAUGGAGGAGGUUCCCCCGUGCACAGGAACACCAUCCUCUGUACCAGUGCUGGAACAGGAGGAGCCUGUGAAAAAGGAGAAAGAGAGUAUACCAGAUAUCCCUGAGGAACAAGGCAGUAAGGAGAGAAGCCCAGACUCUGGGGCUGAAACAGAGGAAGAGAAAUAUACCUGGGAAGAAAAGAAGCAGAAGGAAGCAGAGAGGCUCCCUGAUACAACAGAAUCCAGAGAGGAAUGUGAACCUGAGGUAAAGGAGGAUGUGAUUGAGAAGGCAGAGUUAGAGGAAAUGGAGGAGUUGCACCCUUCAGAUGAGGAGGAAGAGGAAGAGACAAAAGCUGAGGGUUUUUACCAAAAACAUAUGCAGGAAGCCUUGAAGGUAACGCCACGGGUCAGAGAGCCUCUUGGGGGCCGGGAACUGGGACUCCAGGGCAAGGCCUCUGAGAAGGAGACCUCGUCGUUCCUAAGCAGCCUAGCCACACCUGCGGGAGCUACUGAGCAUGUCUCUUACAUCCAGGAUGAGACAAUUCCUGGCUACUCAGAGACUGAGCAGACCAUCUCAGAUGAGGAGAUCCAUGAUGAGCCUGAGGAACGCCCAGCUCCACCUAGAUUCCCCACAAGUACGUAUGACCUCUCUGGGCCUGAAGGUCCUGGCCCUUUUGAGGCUAGCCAGCCUGCAGACAGUGCUGUCACCACCACUGCCAGCAAAAGCUAUGGCGCACCAGACACUGAACUUACCUACCCUCCCAACAUAGUGGCUGCCCCUUUGGCUGAAGAAGAGCAUGUGUCCUCAGCCACCUCAAUCACUGAGUGUGACAAACUGUCUUCCUUUGCCACAUCCGUGGCUGAGGACCAAUCCGUGGCUUCACUCACGGCUCCCCAGACAGAGGAGACAGGAAAAAGCUCCCUGCUGCUUGACACAGUCACAAGCAUCCCCUCAUCCCGCACUGAAGCCACUCAGGGCUUGGACUACGUGCCAUCAGCUGGUACAAUCUCGCCCACAUCCUCACUGGAAGAAGACAAAGGCUUCAAAUCACCACCCUGUGAGGAUUUCUCUGUGACAGGAGAGUCAGAGAAGAGAGGAGAGGUAGUAGGAAGAGGCCUGCCUGGAGAGAGAGCCGUGGAAGAGGAGCAGAAGGGGACUGCAAAGGUAGAGAUGUCUGAGAAACUUCCUAGUCAAUAUGGAAGCCCAAUGUUUGGUGCCCCUGGGCACACCCUACACCCAGGGGAACCAACCCUUGGAGAAGUGGAGGAGCGCUGCCUCAGCCCGGAUGACAGCACAGUGAAGAUGGCCUCUCCUCCACCAUCUGGCCCCCCCAGUGCCACACACACACCAUUUCAUCAGUCCCCAGUGGAAGACAAGUCUGAGCCCCAAGACUUUAAGGAAGAAGUUCCCUGGGCAGGCACUAAGCAUACAGCAGGUGUGGGCAAGGAACAUGCCACAGAGGAGAUAAUCAAGCCAUGGCCUGAAGAGGGCACAUUAAAGGAGGAAGAGGUGCCUCCUCCCAGGAGCCCCCUGGCCCAGAAAGCACCCAUCAGCAUUGUCGGGGGACAUACAGGCUGUACCAUCCAACUGUUGCCAGAACAGGACAAAGCAAUUGUGUUUGAGACUGUGGAUACAAGAGAGCCUCCAGGCUCAACUGCAGGAACAGAAACCCCUCCAGGAGAUUUGAGGCCAUCACCUCAGGAACCUGGUGAGCCUCAAAAACAGGAGGUGCUCCAAUCUCCUGGCCAUGGUCUCUCUCCUGAUGAUACACAGUCCCUCUCUGUCCUCAGCGUGGUCUCCCCAGAUAUUGUCAACCAAGAGGCCAUCCCCAGGUCUCCCUGUGGCCUGACAGAGCAGCACCUACACAAAGACCUUUGGCCAGAGGUCUCUCCAGAAGAUACCCAGUCACUUUCUCUCUCUGAAGAGAGUCCCAGCAAAGAGACCUCUCUGGAUAUCUCUUCUAAGCAGCUCUCUCCAGAAAGUCUGGGCACCCUCCAGUUUGGGGAACUAAGCCUUGGGAAGGAAGAAAAGGGGCAUCUGAAGCAAGCUGAAGAUACCUCUCACCACCUAGCCCCUGUGUCUAUUCCAGAACCCCAUGCAACCACCACAUCACCUCCCACAGAUGGGUCCACUGGAUACUCUGCACAAGAAGACAUCACAGAUGAGAGCCCUGACAGAAAAUUAUCUGCCGGCUCUUUCGCUCACUCUACAUUGUUGGGAGAUGGGAAGCACUUACCUGGAAUGAUCACAAGCCCUAGCGAACACCUUCUGACACCUGAAAGCUCUCUUACUAAGAGUCCUGAGUCUUUGCCAAGCCUGGCCACAGAGGACAUUGCCUUGGAGUGGGAAGGCAAAGUCCCAGAAUCGAAAGACAGAAUCCCUCAACACAAGGACAAAGAACCUGAGCCAAAGGAUGAAGCCCUACAGCAGAAAGAUGUUGUUGUAGAACAGAAGGAAACAGCCAUCAGUCAGAAAGAUGAGGCACUGGAAGAAAAGAGCAAGAUUGUAGAACAGCAAGAUAAGGCUUUAGAACAAAGAGUCAGAGACAUUGAACAAAGGGACACGGUCAUAGAACAGAAGGACAAGGCCCUGGAGCCAAAAGACAGAGACUCAGAACAAAAAGACAAGGUUCCAGAAGAGAAAGAUGAAGUCUUAGAACAAAAAGUCAGAGACUUUGAACAUAAAGACAAGAAUCUAGAGGACAAAGUCCCUGAACUGAAGGGCAAGGCCAUAGAGCACGCAGAUGAAAUCCCUAAACAGGACAAGGCCUCAGAAAAGAAGGACCAGUUCUUAGAACAAAAAUCCUGGGCCUUAGGACUGAAAGAUGAAGCCCUGGAACAAAAGAGUAAGGCUGCUGAACAGAAAGAUAAGACUCUGGAAGAGAAGACCAAAACUCAGGACAGCCCAGUACAGGAAGAGAAAACCAUGACACCAAAGGAGAAGAUCCUAGAGGAGAAGUCUCUGGAAAAAGUCAAGGUGGUGGAACAAAAGGAAGACGCUCUGUUGGAGAAGACCACAACUCUGGGGCCGAAAGAGAGCCCCAUACAGGAGGCCAAGGCUCAGAAACAGGAAAAGCAGUGCUGGCAGGAGCAGGAUGUGGUGCAGGACUGGCAAGAAGCAAUUCCAACCAGAGGGGAGCCAGUUGGAGAACAGAAAGAACCUGCCCCCAAAUGGGAGGACACAUCUCCUGAGCAGGACAGGUACUGGAAGGGCAGAGAGGAAAUGGCCCUGGAACAAGAUAAAUACUGGAGGGAACUGAGUUGUGAACGCAAGGUAUGGUUCCCCCAUGAACUAGAUGGCCAGGGGGCCCGACCAAGGUAUACAGAGGAGCGGGAGAGCACGUUCCUCGAUGAGGGGCCAGAUGAUGAGCAAGAAGUACCCCCGGUGGAACAUAUGCCCCAGAGCCCCUGGGCCUCAGACUUCAAGGGUUUCCAGGAGGCCUCACCACAGAAGGGGCUAGAGGUGGAGCGCUGGCUUGCUGAGUCACCAGUUGGGCUGCCACCGGAGGACGAGGACAAGCUGACCCGCUCUCCCUUUGAGAUCAUCUCUCCUCCAGCCUCCCCACCUGAGAUGGUUGGACAGAGGGUUCCUCCAGCCCCAGGACAAGAGAGCCCUGUUCCAGAACCUAAGCCCAUGCCCUCCAUGAGGAAUGAGCCCACUACCCCCUCAUGGCUGGCUGACAUCCCACCAUGGGUACCCAAGGACAGACCUCUACCACCUGCACCACUUUCCCCUGCUCCAGCUCCCCCCAUACCUGCCCCAGAGCCACACACUCCUGCCCCCUUCUCCUGGGGCACGACCGAGUAUGACAGUGUGGUAACUGCAGUACAGGAAGGGGCAGCUGAGUUGGAAGGUGGGCCAUACUCUCCCCUGGGCAAGGACUACCGCAAAGCUGAAGGAGAAAGGGAAGAAGAAGGUAGGGCUGAGGUUCCUGACAGCAGUCCACGCAGCCCAAAGGCCCCAGGAGCUCGGGAGAGCCAGGCCACCAAGGAGCCUGAGCAGACCGAGCCGGAGGAAAGAGAGCCCACCCCCUAUCCUGAUGAGAGAAGCUUUCAGUAUGCAGAUAUCUAUGAGCAGAUGAUGCUCACUGGGUUGGGCCCUGCGUGUCCCACUAGGGAGCCUCCACUUGGAGCAGCUGGGGAUUGGCCCCCAUGCAUCUCAACCAAGGAGGAGGCUGCUGGCCUGAACACAUCCGCAGAGAAAGAACUUUCAUCUCCUGUCUCACCCAAAAGCCUCCAACCUGACACACCAACCUUCAACUAUGCAGCCCUGGCAGGUCCUACCCUACCCCCCAGGCAGGAGCCUGAGUCAGGGUCAAGUGUGCAGCCCAGCCUCACACCACCUGCAAUACCUCCCCGUGCUCCUAUCACCCUGAGCAAAGGCCCAAGCUCCCCUCUUAAUGGUAACAUCCUGAGCUGUAGCCCAGAAAGGAGGACCCCAUCCCCCAAGGAGUCAGGCCGGGGGCACUGGGAGGACAGCACUAGUGACUCAGAGCUGGAGAAGGGAGCUAGGGAGCAACCAGAGAAAGAGACCCAGCCCCCAAGUCCCCCUCACCCCAUCCCUGUGGGCCCUUCCACAUUGUGGUCUGCAAGUGAGGCACAUACCAGCCCUUCCUUGGACUCACACCUGGGUCCUGUCCGACCCAGCCUGGACUUUCCUGCUUCAGCCUUUGGCUUCUCCUCAUUGCAGCCAGCUUCCCCACAACUGCCUUCUCCAGCUGAACCCCGUUCGGCACCCUGUGGCUCCCUUGCCUUCUCUGGAGAUAAAGCUCUGGCUCUGGCUCCAGGGCCCCCCAUCAGGACCCGGCAUGAUGAGUACCUAGAAGUUACCAAGGCUCCCAGCCUAGACUCCUCACUGCCCCAGCUCCCAUCACCCAGCUCUCCUGGGGCUCCACUUCUCUCCAGUCUGCCACGACCUGCCUCACCAGCCCUGUCUGAAGGUUCCUCCUCUGAGGCCACCACACCUGUGAUUUCAAGUGUGGCUGAGCGUUUUCCUCCUGGCCUCGAGGCUGCAGUACAGGGGUCUGGAGACCUGGUCCCAGGAAUGGAACCAGCUGCCCACAGCCUGUGGGACCUCACUCCUCUGAGCCCGGUGCCCCCAGCUUCACUGGACUUGGCCCCAGCUCAGGCUCCAAGCCUGCCAGUAGACAUGGAGGACGGCACCCUGCCCUGCCACCUGGAGUGCUCAGAGGCAACCUCCAAGAAGCCAGGCCCUUUCCAGGGCACCUCUGGGGACUGUGCCAGUAAUGGCCCAACUGAAACCAGCCCUAACUCUCUGGGCCCUGCCCCAGCCAGGCCUGAGAAAGAAGAGGCUUCAGCUUGCCCUGCCUGGGAACGUGGAGCCUGGCCUGAGGGAGCUGAGAGGCGCUCCCGGCCCGACACACUUCUCUCCCCUGAGCACCCACCGUGCCCUGGAGGGGCCCCUGGAGGCCAACCCAGAAGUGUCUCCCCUGAUACUGAGGCUGGGCCUCAGGGAUGUGCCGCUGAGCCCCGGCCCCACCAUGGGGAGCUUUCCCCAUCCUUCCUGAACCCACCUCUGCUCCGAUCCACAGAUGACAGUGACCUCUCAACUGAGGAAACUCAGCUGGUAGGGAGAGGGGGGCGGCGCCGGGCAGGGGGCCCAGGAGCCCCAGGGGGUCCAUGCCCUGUGGCUGAUGAGACACCGCCAACAUCAGCCAGUGACUCAGGCUCUUCACAGUCAGAUUCUGAUGUCCCGCCAGAAACUGAGGAGUGUCCAUCCAUCACGGCUGAGGCAGCCCUUGAUUCAGAUGAAGAUGGGGACUUCCUACCUGUGGACAAAGCUGGAGGUGUCAGUGGAUCUCACCAUCCCAGGCCUGGCCAUGACCCGCCGCCUCUCCCCCAGCCAGACCCCCGCCCAUCUCCUCCCCGCCCUGAUGUGUGCAUGGCUGAUCCAGAGGGGCUCAGUUCAGAGUCUGGAAGGGUAGAGAGGCUGCGGGAGAAGGAGAAAGCACAGGGGAGAGUAGGGCGCAGGGCCCCAGGCAGGGCCAAGCCAGCAUCACCUGCACGGCGUCUGGAUUUUCGGGGAAAACGCUCACCCACUCCCGGUAAAGGACCUACAGAUCGAGCAUCCCGAGUGCCACCCCGACCACGGAGCAUUGCAAGCCAAGUCACCACAGCAGAGGAAAAGGAUGGACACAGCCCCAUGUCCAGAGGCCUAGUCAAUGGACUCAAGGCAGGAUCCACAGCCUCAGGUUCCAAGGGCAGCUCUGGACCCCCUGUAUAUGUGGAUCUCGCCUAUAUCCCAAAUCACUGCAGUGGGAAGACUGCUGACCUUGACUUCUUCCGUCGAGUGCGUGCAUCCUACUAUGUGGUCAGUGGGAAUGACCCUACCAAUGGUGAACCAAGCCGGGCUGUGCUGGAUGCCCUACUGGAAGGCAAGGCCCAGUGGGGGGAGAAUCUUCAGGUGACUCUGAUCCCUACUCACGACACAGAAGUAACUCGUGAGUGGUACCAGCAGACUCAUGAGCAGCAACAGCAACUGAACGUACUGGUCUUGGCUAGCAGCAGCACUGUGGUCAUGCAGGAUGAGUCCUUCCCUGCCUGCAAGAUUGAGUUCUGAAAGAGCCACUCUCCCUUCCCCAAGGAUCUGCUCCCCAGCUCCCUUAAGAGUAUGGCUACUGCUGUGUCCUUUGGGGUUGAGGGAGACGGGAGCUGCUGGGGGUGGGGGGGCUGGAUGGCAGGGUCAGGAUGUCUUAUGAGGACUUGGGCUGGGCUAAAUGGGAGGAGUUGUCUCUCCCCCUCAUCCAUAUGUGUGAGAACUCUAAACCAAAGGUAACAGAGGUAGUACAGGGGGAGGGUACAAAGUUAUGGUAGGAAGUUAUCUGACACCCGAGAACCCCAGUGACACCCUCUCCUCACACUGCCAAAAACUGGCAUUGGUGGGGAGUUAGGAAGGAGAGAACCACCUCCUCUCUCAUGGAGAUCAUAUCCCCAACCCCAGGGACCUCUUUAUUGCAACCUAUUAUUUAGCACCCCAAGGAAAGAUUUCCAAUAGUAAUUUAUAUGACCUGGGGGCAGGAUACUGACAGUGAGGUGCCCAGAGCUGCAUCCUUUCGUCCAUUGCCAAUCCCUGUACCCACCAGCAUCUGGGUUCCAGCAGGGUUCUAAGGGAAAACUGCUGCUUCACUGUCCCACUAUAUCCUAUGUAUCUGAAUGUCUCAAUCCAAAACUUGAAGCUCUUUUUACCAAUAGACUGGUGAGAGAAGAAAGGAGCGUAUCCUCCUAACCCCUGCUUCAUACCAUUCACAUCUAGAGUUGUGCCCGGAACAGGCCUAAUGGGCAGCACAAAGGGGCAAGGAGAGCCCAGUCCCAAUCCCACAGUUCUUCCAAGUUCCCUGACCGUUUGAAGUUUUCACCCACCCAUUCCAAUUAUCCUGACCCCUUCUCAUCCCCUGCUUGGCUUCUCUGCAUGUGGUCAUCUGCUGUGGCCUGGUGUGUAAUGGGUUAAAAAUAAGGCACUGCUUGACAUCCCAACAUGACACCCCAGCAAUGUGUGACUCCCCAACAUUCCACUAUGCCAUCUUGCAGCUGAAAUGGGAACGUAGGCUGCUUUUCAGCCCCAAAUUCUCGGAUAAAGGAACUGGGAGGUGGAGGCCAUGCCAGAGGACUUGGGGAAAGGAGAGGGAGGAGAGAAAGAGGGAGGCUAAGUUGAGCUAAAGCUUGAGUCCUACUGAGUGAGAAGAAAACAGGCCGAAAAUACUACCCCAGAUGAGGACCUCACCCCAAGCAAGUCUAUGAGCAGCCCUGCCAGACUACUGCUGGACCGAGAAAUCCAGACGCUUGCUCAUCAGGGCUUGGCUUCUCUGCCAAAUGACUGUGGAAACCAAAAUGAGCCCGCCUUGUGUUCUUAGCUCCCACCCUCCCGGUGCUGCUGUGCUCUGCUCCUCCCCCCACACUUCCCUGCUAUAGUUCCCAGCUGCUGUAACAGAGCCGCCUCCAACUCUAACAAUAAAUGAAGUUCAUUACA